AUGGUGGCUCUGGACGAGAUAGCGGACACGAGUCUGCUCCAAAAGCCUUCUGGAAAGGCUCUUGAACCCCUCGAGCGCAGCGAAUCAAACUACCACCCCUUGGAUUCCUUCGCCUUACCCGAAGACCGCCAGUACCAGCAGCAAUUUGCCGACAUAUACUUCUUACGCCUUACCAAGAUCAAGCCUGCGGUAGAAGCGGUUGCCAGCUCAGCAUGGAAAGACACCGUCCUCGGCGGCGAGACGGUAAAGAGGGUGGACCGCGUGUUGGACGUCCGCCAGGGCGAGCUUUGCUGGGUGGCCGGCACCGUCUACAUGGACAUGCCGCUGAAACCGAGUAUUCUUGAGGACAUCUCCAAGGAUCGUUGGGUGUCCGCCCCUACCACUGUAGACCACUACUACUCCGAGGAUGGUGGUGGUGACUCGGUCAUGCUUGAAGAUGACUCCGGCCGUAUUCGCCUCGUUGGGGGCAUUCUCAAAAACUACUUCCUUGUAACGGGCUGCAUCAUCGCCGUGAUGGGUACAGAGAACGUAAACGGCGAAUUCGACGUUAUCGACCUCAAAUUUGCCGAUCUACCUCCUCAGCCCGAGCGUUGGGCCCUUUCAAAGCCCCCCUCCUCCAACGGGACGACCAAGAAAGGCUCCCUUCAGGUCAAGGACGAAGACGUCGAGAUGUCCGAUUCCACCUCGUCACCAUCCCCUUCCAAGAAGAUCGCCAUCGUAUCCGGCCUCGAGUUCUCCGGCACCGACACGUCCUACGCAAUGGAGCUCAACCUCCUCCUCGAGUUCCUACUAGGCGAAGCCCUGGGUCCGACGGCACAAGCUGAACUGUCGCACAUAUCGCGACUGAUCAUAGCCGGCAACUCCAUCGCGAAGCCCGGCAGCACCGACGACACCACCACCACAUCAACAACCGACAGCAAAAAAGCGCACACAACAAAAAAAUACGGCUACGACAGCUCCUCAUACAACCCGCUCCCCUCACAGCUGCUCGACUCAUUCCUCUCCGAACUGCUGCCCACCAUGCCCGUCACUUUGUUGCCGGGCGUCCAGGACCCCGCAAACGCAAGCUACCCGCAGCAGCCCAUCCACUCGGCCAUGUUCCCCAGGGCACGGGCAUACACUUCCCCACCCCAACCCCCGACAGCAGGAGCAGGAGCAACGAUAAGAGAGCAGCCCGGCUGGUUUGACCCCGUCACAAAUCCCUGGGAGGGCGAGGUGGAAGGGUGGCGGGUGCUGGGCACGGGCGGGCAGAAUCUCGACGACAUCUGUAAGUAUGUCGACAGCGAGGACAGGCUGGGCAUGAUGGAGGCCAUGUGCCGGUGGCGGUGCUCGGCCCCCACGGCACCGGACACGCUAUGGGCCUAUCCCUUCCAGGACGACGAGCCCUUCGUCAUGAAGGAGUGUCCGCAUCUCUACUUUGUCGGGUGCCAAUCCGAGUUUGGAACCAAGGUCAUCGAGGGCCCAGAAGGGCAGAUGGUGCGGCUGCUAUUAGUGCCGUCCUUUGCGGCCACUCGAGAGGUCGUUCUGGUGGAUACAGAGACGCUGGAUGUAUCAAAGGUGAAAAUCACUGCCUGA